GCCUCAGUGUGACUGGCAGGAGGUGGAGAGUUCAGCUAAAACCCUACACACUAGGGAAACCAUUCAGUUUCCUUCCUUGAUUACAGCUGUGAACAGACCCUAGACCUUCAUAUCUCUCUCUCUCUCUCCAUUCCUCUCUCCCUGGUGAUACCACUCCACUCCUCUCUGGUGCUCCACACCUCUACUUCUCUCUCUCCAUUCCUCCUUAUCCUGGGUGGUAGGGCAGAUGUGCUCCAUGGGUUUUGCGCGGUCCCUGGGCUUUGCCCUUCUGCCCCUGGCUGUGUGCUGUAUCAUGGCCAACAUCCUGCUGUUCUUCCCUGGAGGAGAGAUCCAAUAUGUCCAACAGGAGCGACUGUCCAGGCUGAUCUGGUUCAUGAUGGGAAUCGGAGGGGGAGGUGUGUUGAUGUUUUUGCCUGCUGGAGUGUUCAUCAGCCUGGGGAAGUGUACAGGCUGCUGUUGGAAUGAAAGCUUCAUGAUGUGUGGGUCAGUAAUGGCAGCUCUAGUGGGUCUGGGCGGCUCGGGAUACUGUUUCAUCAUCUCAGCCAUGGCCAUCUUGGAGGGACCUCAGUGCUUCACUGCUCUGGGAUGGUCUUAUCCCUUCGCCAAUGAGGGAGGAAGGUACCUAAUGGAGAAGGACACGUGGUCUAAGUGCCUGCAGCCUGUCAGCAUUGUAGAGUGGAACGUGACCCUGAUGUCCAUCCUGCUGGGCCUCAGUGGGCUGGAGUUCAUCAUAUGUGUCCUGCAGGUCAUCAAUGGGCUGGUGACAGCUGUCUGCAGACCCUGCUGCUACAAGCAGGACUACACCCUCAAUGCCUAAACACACACAUAGAUGAGACACACACACACACACACAGACACCUGCACACACACACAAAAUUUGACACACACACAUGUAAAUUAUACAUACACACGCAUGCAUAUAAUAUAAGAUUGAUGUGCAUACACAUGAUAUGACACAUGCACACACAUACGAUACACGCCAGGAGCGUGUACAAUGUCAUCUGUUUAACAUUGCUUUCCAAACACUCCUGGGGGUGCAUCUCAAUAGUCCAACUUCCUCUCCUCGUAUCUUACAUAGUCCCUGGGCCAGUUUCUAAUCAGAAAGUGUGAUUAAUAAGCGAAUGCUGUCUCAUCCCUGUAUGAGGGAGAGAUACCUGUCUGAAUGUUCAGUUAAUUUAUAGUAUUAAUUUCAAAGCACUGUAUUAGAAAUACACUGAAUGAAUGUGUAUAUAAUACAGACCAGAACUGUAGUAUUUUUUUUAAAUGUUUGAUGUCUUAAGUCUACAUUUUACUAAAGCACAAAAGUAUAUAUUUUUUUGUAUGAAAGUUUUGUCUUUUGUAUUACUGUUUUCAUUUUCUGAAAAUUGUCUCACAGAUGCUAAAUUGUUAAGGCCAUUUUAUAUAUUUAGUGCAUUUGUCAUAUAUUUGAGUGUUUGUGCUGCCUUAAAUAAAUACGUAUUUUCCAUUUGAA